UAUAAAUUUGAAGCAUGGCAAGAAGUUCAAGAGGUCUCAAAGUGAAAAGGAAAUUUCUGUACACGUUUGAUGCAGAUCCUGUUGAUGAUAUGAUGCUUUUGUUGAAGAUUAUUUAUAUUUCUUCCUCAUCUAUGACGUGCUUUGUUCUCAUUUUAACCACCGUAAUUUCCUUGAUUAAUAAGGUAAGGUCACAAUGAUUUUAUCGUGGGGCUGCAACUAGCUCCAAGGCCUUCUACUAUAUUCUUCUCUCCCAAAUUUAAUCCACUCUCUCUAUAAUACCUUUCAAGGAAAAAGGCGAAGGGUGCAAUGGCAUUACGAUAUACCACAAAAACAUAAUGACUCAUGCCCUUGUUAAAGGCAGCCAUUGUAAUAACAAACAUGCUAGCCGAACCAAGUUCGAUACCUAACAUAGGCAAGUAUGAUUUAUAAAUUUUGAACCAUGCAUUAACUUUCUCACAAAAUGUUAACUCACCCAUCAUGUCUAAAUAAUAUCUAUGUGUUGUGAGGAAAAGAAACUUUGUAUACUUGAUUAUGUUUGCGUGGGAUGAGUAGAAGAGUAAGGUUAUCCAUCUCUAUAAUUUAUACCCAAAGUUCAGCAUAAUUCCGAAUAAUUUUAAUUAUUAUAAGAAUAAUAAUCCCCGUGAGCUUAGCUCAGUUGUUAGGGAUAUUGCUAAGCGACAUUGAUUUUGGUGCAUGCUAAGUGACAUUGAUGGCUCUGCUUUGGAUCAUCCUUCUCAUGGUGUCAUUGGGAUUGUGUUUCGAUCUCACCUUGCUGUUUUUAGAGGAGCUCUUGUGCAGAAUAUUGGUUAUGCCAUGCCCUUGGAAGCAGAGUUCAAUGCUUUCAUGAUUGCGAUUGAGAAGGCUCUUGAAAUGCAUAUGAAUAAUAUUUGGGUAGAAUGUGACUCUCUGAUUGUGGUUAAAGCUUUUCAUCAGGAUGUGGUAGUGCCUUGGCGGAUGCACAACAGAUGGUUCAACUAUAAGAUCCUUGCUAGACAGAUGGAAUGCAUCUGUUCUCAUACUCCUCGAGAGGGAAAUAUGGUGGCUGAUGUCCUUGCUAAGAAUGGGCAAGGUCUUUCUAUGUACUCUUCUCAACGGUGGGACUCUCCACCCGCGUUUGCUUUACCUAUGCUAGAUAGAGAUAAGCUAGGUUUAUCUUUCUCUAGAAUUCAAAUGACUUGAUUUUUGUAAAGGUUCAGGCCUUAUCCUGGGUGUUCAAUUUUAU